GGCCGUGCUUGUCGCCUGUACUUACUCGUCAUGUCGCGUGUUGUCUUUUCUCUGCUCCUCUGUUUGUUCAUAUGCAGUCUCGGUCACAUCGGGAGAGCAGCAAGUGUGGCAAAGAAGCGAGAAGUUGAAAACAGCUUGGAAAAGCGACAUAUUGCGGACUUUAUCGACACGUUGCAUCGUUGUGACAAUAUCCAGUGUGAAGAUGACUUUGGCUGCAUAGUGCAAGAUGAUCAAAUAUUCUGUUGCCCAAUGGUAGGAGCAGAACCACUUUUUGAAGUCGACUUGUGCUCUCCUCAAACAGCACCACCAACAGAAGAGGGAAGAGCAGUUCACAGCAAUGGGUGUACAACUACAGUUCCUGCCAGUGAAGAGUGUAAUGAAGAAUGUGGAAGCAACCAAUAUUGUCGCAUCAAAGGAGGAGAAAAUCGAUGUUGUUGGAUGGAAAUGAUGUCAACUCGCACACAAGGAAUUCAAGUCAACCGAUGCUCACAGACCUGCGAUAUUCCACCAAACCAAAACAAAGUGGCAGAGCCCAAACAAGAACCAACGACAGAACAACCUGAAACUCCAGAAAAUGUUGAGCCAGGGACUGAAUCUCUUCAGUCUGAGAUCACAGAUAUGCUCAACGAAGAGCCUCCAAAUGUAGAUGAAGAUUCGUCCAGCUCUCAAUGCCCUGUCAAUCUUCCACCUAGUCAACAGUGCAAUGCACACUGUGGUGGGGAUCAAUACUGCAGAGUGACACAGUUUGGACCUCAGUGCUGUAGGAUGACAAGAAUCGCGUUUCGUGUACAAAGCAUUACUUCUGCACGCUGCUCUGAAACUUGUGACAAAAUUCCAGAUGUGCAACCAGCAGCACCAGCAGCAAAUGAAGAGCCGACAAUGACGGAGGGAAUGGAGACUGAAGCUGCUACGCCACAGAGCUUUACGUCUGAGCCUUAUGAGAAUACAGAAACGCCUGAGCUGUUUGAGAACACAGAGACGCCUGAGCCAUUUGAGAACACAGAGAUGCCUGAGCUGUUUGAAAACACAGAGACGCCUGAGCCAUUUGAGAACACAGAGACGCCUGAGCCAUUUGAGAACACAGAAAUACCUGCUGAUAAUCAACAAAAUGCUGUUCCGUCUAGCAUUGAGUGUCCUGUUUCUCUGCCUUUGGCUCAGAGGUGCAAUGCUCACUGUGGUGGUGAUCAAUACUGUAGAGUCACACAACUAGGAGCACAAUGUUGCAGAAUGUCAAGAAUCUCAACGAGAGUACAAAGCAUUACGUCUACUCGCUGCUCUGAAAGUUGUGAUAACAUACCGGCAAUACAACCAGCACAACCGGCAGCACCCAACUUUCCAGCAACAGAAGAACCAACAGAAAUUUUUACCACCGAAUUUGAACCAACCGAAAUUAUAGAAGAAAACUGUGAAGACCUAUUGCAGCCUCUUUCAUGCCAGUACAUGGUGGCCAUGACUACUACAAGAGGCCGCAAGAACAAUCGUCGUUCAGCGUGUUCCUCAAAGCACUUCCUACGCACGUUGUGCAGGAAGACGUGCGGAUGUCCACCCUUGGACAUGCAGUAAGAGCAAACAAACACAUGCAGUUUGAUGCUCGUAGAUUAUACGUAUAGAAACUCAAUGAUUUUUUGAAUGAAGUCUACAGCUCUAUGUUUGUUCAGUGACUCUCUUGUCUGUACGUAUGGAUGUCUGUGAUUGCUCAAAUGAAUUAGAUUUGUAGCGAUUGCUUCA